AUGGCUUGGGUGAGGGUGGGUGUUGCUAACAUGAUUGAUCUCUGGAGUGUCACUCACUUAGCCGAUCACAUCAGCUGGAAGGAGUUAGUGCCAGCACAACAUCACCUUGGAGUGCCAGCACAACAUCACCUUGGAGUGCCAGCACAACAUCACCUUGGAGUGCCAGCACAACAUCACCUUGGAGUGCCAGCACAACAUCACCUUGGAGUGCCAGCACAACAUCACCUUAGAGUGCCAGCACAACAUCACCUUAGAGUGCCAGCACAACAUCACCUUAGAGUGCCAGCACAACAUCACCUUAGAGUGCCAGCACAACAUCACCUUAGAGUGCCAGCACAUCACCUUAGAGUGCCAGCACAACAUCACCUUAGAGUGCCAGCACAACAUCACCUUAGAGUACCAGCACAACAUCAUCUUAGAGUGCCAGCACAACAUCACCUUAGAGUGCCAGCACAACAUCACCUUAGAGUGCCAGCACAACAUCACCUUAGAGUGCCAGCACAACAUCACCUUAGAGUGCCAGCACAACAUCACCUUAGAGUACCAGCACAACAUCACCUUAGAGUACCAGCACAACAUCACCUUAGAGUGCCAGCACAACAUCACCUUAGAGUGCCAGCACAACAUCACCUUAGAGUGCCAGCACAACAUCACCUUAGAGUGCCAGCACAACAUCACCUUAGAGUACCAGCACAACAUCACCUUAGAGUACCAGCACAACAUCACCUUAGUGUGCCAGCACAACAUCACCUUAGAGUGCCAGCACAACAUCACCUUGGAGUGCCAGCACAACAUCACCUUGGAGUGCCAGCACAACAUCACCUUAGUGUGCCAGCACAACAUCACCUUAGAGUGCCAGCACAACAUCACCUUGGAGUGCCAGCACAACAUAGGGGAUGCAUAGCACCAUAG